GGCUUGAGGUUUGGCGCGCUGAGUUGAAAGGAGCUCGAGCUGAGAGCUGAAGCUGAAUCUGUAGGAUAGUUAGUUAGUAAAAGGCUGGUUAUUUGGUUUAUUUGAGUUAUUCUGGUGAAGUUAUUAAGUUAUUUCUCUUGUAUAAACUCUCACCCAUGCGCAGCCUGUUAUUGUAUGUUAUAAUAUUCACUGUAGCCUAAUAAAACCUGUAGAUAAAUUAGGAAGGUUCUCUCAGGGCUCAGAAUGGACCGAUAUAACGAUUUAAAAAUCCUCCUGAAGAAAUGGGAACAGUCCUUUAUGCAGAUAAACAACAGGAAACCCAACAAGGAUGAUAUUGAUGCAGCUCCAGAAGAGACCAGGCAACUUUAUAAAGAGUAUCGCACUCUUAAAGAGGCGAAAGUUAGUGGAGAGAGUGAUGUUCAGGUGAAAUCACAGGAAUCCCAGUCUGCAGGAAUGGACUGCUGGGGGUCUCACCUUAACCGAAAGAGCAUGCCAGUGGCUGCACCCAAACUGACAUUAAAAGACAAAGAGACGUUGCAUGCAUCUGCUCAGUACUUCGGCAUGAAGCUGAAGUCUAAUCUCGGAGCUCUGUCAAAGGAACGAUCAUUCUCCCUCAAAAAAGCAGCCACCCCUCGCCGAACACCAGCAAAGUCCUGGAAGGACAGUGCAGCUUUUGGUGCAGUAUCAGUGGAAGCGAUGGCGGUGGAGACCCAUUCACCAAGACCAGCCAACACUUGCCCAGACCCUUCGGCCGUACCAGUGCAGGCAGCUAGCAGCAAACUGGAGAACGAACCACUGAACCCAUUUCCCACCUUCACCCCCUCCAAGUCCUCCAAGCUGAGCACUGAAACUCCAGGCAAAUCUACAGAAAGGGCUCAGUUCCUCAAACAGUCCAUGACCAGGAGGCUGUCUUCUGUGGACAGGGGCUGGCUGGACCGUUGCCAGGUCUUCACUGAAGAGGGGGGUUUAGAGAAACCAGUCGCAGGCAAUUCCGACCCACCACCAGAAGAUAAGACUGUGAAAAGUAUUACUAAAGCAGAUUUUGUAGCAGCCAAUAAACCUGCUGUGAGGACACCCAUGAAAAGCAGCGUUUCUAUUGGGUCUCCAGCCAUGGAACCUCCAGAUGAUCUACCUCAGCUCUGUGUGAACAAAAUUCCUGGAGAGGGCGCUAAAGAACUGCAUGAUGAUUACAGUUUUAAAGGAUCUGAAGAAGAUAAAAAAGGAAAAAACCUAGAAAGUAUCGAAACCAAGAAAGAAGGUCAGCUUAUGGCUGAGGAAACCAGCCCCAAAGUGUCCAAAGCUAAAAAGCAAACCAAAAAACUACAAAAAAGAUCCAAAAAAGAACAAAGCGCAGAAAACACAGGCCACACUGAAGAUGCUGAUUACGAGCAACAAAGCGUUAGAAAAAAGGGAAAGAAAAGGCAGAGAGAAUCCGACGAAGCACCAGGAGAUCACGCAGAAGGAAACGGGGCUGUCCAAAAGAAGCGCAGGACUAAGAAAGACGAAUCAACCUCAGAUAAUCCUCCUACAAAAAAAAGAAGGGAAAGGAAAGGAAAGGGAGCCGAGGAGGACGAGAGCGACCCAGAGGACUCGAAGAAAACUGCAGCUCAGAAACCGAAGAGACCUCAGGAGAACCUUCUGGGAGAGGUGGAUGAAGAGGAUGUGAGAGCUGCUUCUUCGAGGGUGAAAAAUGUAGUCAGAAGACCAACCAAAAACACAGAUGGAAACUUUGUGAAGAUCAAUCUAAAGAAAAAGUCUCAUGUUAAAGGAUUUGCUCUGAGAGGUGCUGCUCUUCGCAAGCAGAUGUACAUGCAGAAGUUCCAGCUGAAGGGCGAGAGGUUUGGAGGUGGUGCUGGUCGGGGUCGGGGGAGAUUUGGGGGCUUUAAUCGUCAGGGUGACAGCUGCUAUAAGUGUGGUGGCACGGGACACUGGGCUCGAGACUGCAGAGGAAGAGCCCCAGGUCCUGCUCUGGACACCACAGGCAAGCAGGACACGCCUCCAGAGGAGGAGGAGCCGUUUGAGCUGCCCACGCUAGAGGAAGUUGCGAGAGCAACAGGAACUCUACGCUCUGAGCCUAUUCCCAUUGCCCCAAGUGUGUCAGAAAAUGCAGCAGAAGAAAAAGAAGACAAGGGUGAGGAGAUCCUGCUUAAUGUUAUUAGACCAGACUACGAACGCCCCGCCCCUCCUCCACCAAUGGAGCCUCUGUAUGAACCAACAGAGGAUGGCAAAACACAGGAUGUUCCUCCAGAGGUGUACCAAGCUCUCCGGGACUUUGGCUACAAGUCUUUCAGGCCUGGCCAAGAAAUGGCCAUAAUGAGAAUUCUUUCAGGUUUGUCUACUCUUGUGGUGCUCUCCACUGGCAUGGGUAAAUCUCUGUGCUAUCAGCUCCCAGCCUAUCUCUACGCCCAGAGAUCCAACUGCAUAACCCUGGUUGUGUCGCCUUUGGUGUCACUAAUGGAUGAUCAGCUCUCUGGACUUCCAGCUAACCUGAAGGCAGCUUGCAUUCACUCCAACAUGUCCCGGAAACAGAGAGAGACGGCUAUAGAGAAGGUGAAAGCAGGUCAGGUGCACGUCCUGCUGCUGUCUCCAGAGGCUCUGGUUGGUGGAGGGCACUCGGGCUCAGGCUGCCUCCCCCCUGCUGAUCAGCUCCCCCCCGUGGCCUUCGCCUGUAUUGAUGAAGCUCAUUGUGUGUCUGAGUGGUCCCACAACUUCCGGCCCUGUUAUCUCAGACUGUGCAAGGUACUAAGGGAUCGACUGGGAGUACGCUGUUUGCUGGGUCUGACAGCCACUGCCACUCUGUCCACUGCUCUUGACAUUGCUCAUCACCUGGAUAUUAACGACCAAGAAGGCAUCGCUGUUCGAUCAGCCGCUGUUCCUCACAACCUCCAGCUCUCCGUAUCGAUGGACCGAGAUAAAGACCAGGCGCUGGUUUCUUUACUAAAAGGCGAGCGCUUUGGGUCGCUGGACUCUAUUAUAGUUUACUGCACCAGACGAGAAGAGACGAACCGCAUCGCUGCACUGCUGCGCACCUGCCUGCAGGGGGUGGUGCUGAAGGAGUCCUCACUGCCAGUGAAGGAGAAGGAGGACGACAAUCCUGUGGGCAAGAAGAAGAAAGCUUUGGCCAGGAAGAAGAUCCGAAAGCCUCUGAAGUGGAUCGCUGAGCAGUAUCACGCAGGCAUGUCUGCGUCAGAGCGCCGGCGAGUGCAGAAUAACUUCAUGUGUGGGGAGCUGAGGGUGGUGGUGGCCACUGUGGCCUUUGGAAUGGGGCUGGAUAAAUCGGACGUGCGAGGAAUCGUUCACUACAACAUGCCGAAAAGCUUCGAGAGCUACGUGCAGGAGAUCGGUCGAGCCGGCCGCGACGGAGAACCUGCUCACUGCCACCUGUUCCUCGACCCAGAGGGUGGAGAUCUUCACGAGCUGCGCAGACACAUCUAUGCGGACACAUUGGACUUCUACACUGUGAAGAGGCUGGUGCAGAAGGUUUUCCCGGCCUGCAAGUGCAGACAGAUCCAUCAGAAGCACCAGGACUUAGCACAGGCUGAGGAGGUGGAUGAUGCUGAGCUGAUGGAGCUGAUGGAGAUGUGUGAGGAGUCUGGAGAGAUCCAGCAGGAGAUGCAGCAUCCAGAACAGUCUGAAUCAAACAUCACGCCUCAGGAGUCUGAGAGCAAACAGGAAGAGGAGAUCUCACCGGCACUGCAGCGUAUGGAGGAGGAAAGGGAAGGAUCUGAUGCUCAUCACGAGGGGGAAGAGAAACCACAGGAAAAUCCGGACAAUGCAGAAACUCUAAGAGAGGAUCUAGAUGGAAAGAAUGAUGAAAGUGAUUGGGAAGAGAUGGAAGAAGAGACUGAGCGGUUUAGAGUGAGAUCGGUCCAGAGAGUGUGUCACACUCACGAGAGAGCCGUUCCAAUGCAGGAGACUGUAGAGGCACUGGAUAUAACAGAGGAGGGUCUGGAGACUCUGCUGUGUUAUUUGGAGCUCCACCCUCAGAGGUGGGUGGAGUUGCUGCACCCGACUCUCUCCGUGUGCCGGUUGGUGUGUUAUGGAGGUCCCCAGCAGCUCCGCAAGCUGACCAAAAUAUGUCCUCCGGUAGCAGUGGUUUUAGCACGGAAGCGUCUGGCGGGAGAAAAGGUGGAGUCGUGUGACUCUGUGGAGUUUGAUGUGGUGGAGCUCGCUGAUACUAUGGGAUGGCAGCUUCCUCUAGUGAAGAGGGGCCUGAGACAGCUGCAGUGGGGCACUGAGAGAGGUUCGUAUGGAGGUACGGGACGCAGUGGGAUUCUUGUGGAGUUCUCUGCUCUCUCCUUCUACUUCCGUUCUUAUGGAGAUCUGACGGCUGAUGAACUGGAUCAGGUGUGUGAGUUUCUGCACGGUCGGGUGCAGGCUCAGGAGAGGACUCAGCUUUACCAGCUUAAAGCCUGUUUUAAGGCCUUCCGCAGUGUAGCGUAUCGGAACUGCAGCUUCUGCAUGGAUGAGCUGGAUGAAGAGCGCAGUCUGAAGCUGAAGGAGCUGCUGUCUGAUUAUUUUGAUAAGAGGAGAGACCUGGACAUGAGCAAGAAAUUCACAGAGGAGCAGGACGACGAGGACGAGACUCUAAACAAGUGCAGGCUGAAGGAUUGGGAGCAGCAGAUCCGGGCGGAUGUCCGAGGUUUCCUGGCCAGUCAGAGUGAGGAGAAGUUCUCUGGUCGUGCCGUGGCGAGAAUAUUCCAUGGGAUUGGAAGUCCGUGUUAUCCAGCUCAGAUCUACGGUCGGGAUCGGCGAUUCUGGCGGAAGUAUAUUCAAUUUGAUUUCAAUGAAAUUAUUCGCAUUGCCACUCAGGAAAUUAUUAGAACAAGGUAAAGGAACAGUGGGUUAGUUCCUAAAUAUAACUUUUUUUGUUUUAUAUGUAGCAUUUUUAAGUGUAAUUUGUACGUGUCUGUCUAAUGUAUCUGUUUAAUUUUACAAUAAAGAUUAUUUUUGUA